CUGUUUGAUUGCAAAAAUCCCCAACCCUCUUUGGCGUGGCUAACAAAACGACGUUUUGAGUAACGCGGCAGCGUGUGCCGGGAGUGUCGUUUAAUCGCCCGCCAAGACAUUUUCCUUUUUCAUUUCAUCGCUGAGUCCCUAAAGUGCAGUGAAAUGGUCCUUCUUCACCUCCCAAGGUUCCCUCUCUACCUCGUUACCUUAUCUCCCUCCCUCACUCCCCGAGCCUACUCCAAAACCACCCUCUUACGGCCACCCAAAUCCACUCUCACCGCCUCAGAACCCGUAGGUGUUAACCCUUCCCCAACAGAGCUAUCCCUCGAGAAGCUCUUCGUUCCGCCGGAGACCACCGUGUCCCUCGAAAGUUCCAGAGUCUUGAACGGUUCCAACAUUCUGUUGAGUAACUACGCCAAUGAUGCUCUGGUAUUGCAGGCCGAGUUUGUGAAAAGCAGCGUGAAGACCGAGGAUUGUCCCUCCGAUGGACUUGCUGAGUUCGCUCUCGUUGGCCGCUCCAACGUCGGAAAAUCCUCGCUCCUCAACUCCCUCGUGCGCCGCAAGAAGCUCGCCUUAACUUCGAAGAAACCUGGCAAAACGCAAUGUAUAAACCACUUUCGGAUUAAUAAUAGCUGGUACCUGGUUGAUUUGCCUGGAUAUGGGUAUGCAUCUGCACCGCAUGAACUUAGGAUGGAUUGGGAAAAAUUCACCAAAGACUAUUUCCUUAACCGCUCAACGUUAGUUUCAGUAUUCCUUCUAAUAGAUGCUAGCAUUCCUGCUAAACAAAUUGAUCUUGACUAUGCCAGUUGGUUGGGUCAGAAUCAGAUCCCAAUGACAUUAAUCUUCACCAAAUGUGACAAGCGGAAAAAGAAAAAGAAUGGAGGCAAAAGACCAGAAGAAAAUGUUAAUGAUUUUCAGGAUUUGAUUCGAGGUUUCUUCCAAUCAGUGCCUCCAUGGAUCAUGACCAGUAGUGUUACCAAUCAGGGUCGUGAUGAGAUACUCCUCCAUAUGGCCCAGCUACGGAACUACUGGCUCAAGCACUAGUUCUGAGAAACAUGAUAUCGUUAGAGCAGAUACGCAUUUCCAGAUAGACUUGCUUGAUUACCAGCUAAUAUGGUUAUCAAUUUAUCUAUUUUCCUGGUGUGCCUUCUCUGUAUUGCCCAAGUACCUACAAGGCCUAAAGCUAGUGACAUGAAAGCUGGAUAAAGAAAACUAUUUAGAACAAAGCUUGAUACUGUACAACACCAUGCCUGCGUGAGGUUCUCUACUCCCAGCCCUGUACGAUUGUUCUAAUGAAGUUUGUUUUGGAUGUUCACAAAUGGUUAUUAUCACCUGUAAAUUAGUAAUGAUAUUUUCAUUCAAAUAAUUGGAUACUUCCAAAGUACUAUUGUCGUUGAUUUUAAAGAACUUAUAUGUGAGAUUUUUGCCUCUCCCCCGAAGUGACACUUCAUGGAAAACCAUCACUUUACAUGAGCGUUCAUGAUGCCCUUACUUUUAGCAGGCCACUGCAUAUUCAUUUUUUUCCGGCUGUAGAUGAGCUGAAGAAUCAAAAUACAUGCAAGGAUGCGGCAGGAAAACAGCUCCCAUGUAAAAACUUAUAACAUUUUCCUCUUUAUACGAUAGUGAGAAGAAUGAGAUAUCAGAUAGUAGUAUCAUUUUUCAAUUUCCGUUCUUUAUCAAAUCUAUCAAUUAUCCUUUAUGC